CCAGCGAUGGCUUCACUCAGGCAGGAGCACCGCUACGGGCUCUCCUGCGGAAAAACUACCAAAAACAGCUCCAACAGUACUCUGUACCACGUCAAGCUGACGGACACGGCCAUUAGAGCGCUGGAAGCCUAUCAAAACCUCAAGGGAGUUUUGCAAAAUGAGACAUCAAUCUGUUUUAAAGGAAACCACGGGUACUUCAAGAUCCCAACUCCAACACCAGAGUCACCUUCUGCUCUGCGCAUCUUCUCCUUCUACCUGUCCAGUGACAGCAAAGACCAGCCUCAAGCCAGCUUUGACUGCAUCCAUCAGUACAUCUCGAGCGACGGCCGCGAGCAGCUGGAGGGCCAAGGCAGCAUCCAGGACAAGAUCACCGUGUGCGCCACCGACGACUCCUACCAGAUGACCCGCGAGAGGAUGUCUCAGAUGGAGAAGGACAGCUGGAGCCGCUCGGCCAUCGAGAUCAAACCCGGAGCCACGCAGCCUAAUAAAAGCGUCAAAUACCAAAAGAGAUCCGCUCCCCUGUCUGCUCCUGAAAGUAGCGUCUUCAAGCAGCCGUCCACCAACCGGAGGAGCUGCGGCAUGCCGACCCCCACCCCGAAGCCCCUGAGGGAACGCAUCAUCCACCUGCUGGCCCUCAAACCUUACAGGAAACCAGAGCUUCUCCUGUGGCUGGAGAGAGAGCGAGCCUCAACAAAGGACAAGGCCGAGCUGGGAGCCGUGCUCGACGAGGUGGCCAGAGUGAAUCCCAAAGACAGCAGCUACCUGCUGAAGGACGACUUCUACAAGCACGUGCAGAGGGACUGGCCGGGCUACAGCGAGGAGGAGAAGCAGCUCAUCAGCAGGCUGCUGUCCAGGAAACUUCAGCCCCACAUCAGCAAUAAAUCACGCAACGUUCAAGCACACUUGUCAAUGCCUGCGACCCCUGAGGACCCAAGCGCAGCGAAAAACCCAGCUGUGAAACGUUCUUUACCCCUGGACUCACAGGAAAAACUGGCUGCGAAGAGGCAAAAACUUACAGACCAAAGGCUAUACCAGUCUGCGGCAAAAGGACUCGCAAACACUAAAGGAGCACAUGAUAAUGCAGCUGUGACCUUUGACCCCAGUCUCAUCUCCGUUGCUGAACCUCAGCUGAUCGGUGGCAUUCCUGGUGACCCCUGUGGCCUAACUGUGGCCCACGGUGGCUUUCCUUUCGACCACGGCCUGUCUGACGGACAUAUUUCUGAGAAAAAAGAGCAGGACGCCAACGUUAACAAGCUGAAAACGCCGCAGGGCGACUCUGGCUGCACUCAGCAGCAACUCCACAACAGCCAGCACAGAAAGAAGAAAUCUAAAAAGCACAAAGAAAAGGAGCGGGAGAGGUUAAAAAGUGACAAAGGAGCCGAAUGGCUGCAGUCGAGUCCCGAUCUCAAGCAGAACCCAGAAAAACUUGACAAUCCUGACAACACAAGUGCUGCGGCCUCCGAGGAGAAGCCGGAUUAUAUGCUGGCGUACAGCCCCAUCUCAAGUUUGGAGCAGCGGCAGCGAUAUCAGGAGGAUUUCUGCACAGAGUACGACGAGUACAAAGACCUUCACUCCCGGAUUGCUGCCAUAACUCACAUGUUUGUUCAGCUGGGCUCCAAGAUCAAGACUCUGUCUCCUGGCACACGGGAGUAUAAGACUAUGGAAGACCAAAUACUGGAAAAGUACAGCAAGUUUCGGAAGAAGUUUCCAGGCUACCGGGAGGAAAAGAAGCACUGCGAGUAUCUUCAUGAAAAACUGUCGUACAUCAAACAGCUCAUCAUCGACUAUGACCUCUCCAAGCCCUCUUCAUAGCAUUCGUUUGCUUUUGUUUUUUGUUUCUUUUAAACCGUCAACUUUGCAUACCCAACAUGAGUGUCAAAACAUUUAUGCCAGUGACAUAAACGGCUUUGAAAGGAGACUUCAGCUUCCUCCACACACUUUUGCUAAAGCCUCAGACGAUUCUCCAGAGUUCUCGUAAUAAAACUGAGCGAAAAACCACUGGAAGGUAUUUGGUUGGAAUUUUUUCAAUGUAGUUUUUGACCUUAACUUAUUUACUUUGCUGAAAUCAUUCCCUUUAUAUUUUCUUGUACUGCUUCUGUUUUGUUUUUGUUUUUUGGGGGGCGGGGGUGGAGUUGUACUUUUCAUUCCCCUAAACAUAACUAAUUGUAGCGGAAGUCAUGGUUUGAGAAAUAACCUUGUCUGGAGUAAAUGGGAGAAGCAGCCCACAUGUGAGCGUAAACGAAUCAACUUCAUUCGUUGCUCACAGUUUUUAAUGCGUUUUUUUUUUUUUUUUUAGCUUUUGUCAAAACGGUGAGUCACGGUGUGCCGGACUUUUUCACACUUUGUCACAACAGUGAACUUUGACAUAUUGUAUUGGGAUGACAUGCCACAAAGCCAUGCAUAAUUGUGAAACGGAAGGAAAAAAGAUACAUAGUGUAUUUUUUUAACAAAUGCAGUGAAAACUCUUAAUCUGAAGAAAAACAUUCCCGCAGCAUGAUCCUGCCACUGUCAUGUCUUAAGGUUGUUCAGACUAAUACUCAGAAAUUUCAACAAAGGCUUUUUUUCUGCCUAUUAAGGCUAUUUUAUAUUGUUGAACACUCGUUUUAUUACUAUUCCACUUCGUCCUGCUUUAAACUUCCCUAUGACAUUCUCCAUGACCUGGUCUUCAUGACGCUGUUUGGUCACUACCUUUCUCUGACAAACCUUUGAGGCCUUCACUGAACAGCUAGAGGAGAUUUUGUUUACUAGAAAAGUGACUUCUAGAGAUGUUUGUUUGCACUGGAGUUUAUUUAGGGAGGGCAGACCACGUUUGAUCAGAUUUUAUUUCCUUAAAGACUAUAAAAUUAUAUGUUACGUUAUGUUGCAUUGCGUUACGUUAUGUUGCGUUGCUUCUGUUUAAAUCCCAAUGAAAUGCAUUGAGGUUUGUGGUUGCAGUGUCACGAAAUGGAAAAUGGCUUCACGUUUGUAAAGCCAGACUUGUAGCCGAACUGGAUUUAUCUUUUUGACGAGAUUAAAAUGACGACAUGUCACUUUCUAUUUUAUUUAGAUUCCCUUUGAAGAGAACAGAAAGGGCUUGGUCGAUUCACUGUAACCAACAUCCGUGUUGUCUCCAAAAUGCACUUAUGUUUAAAGUAUUUAUUAACCGCAUUCCCCUGUCUCUGGAGCAGCUGAUGGUAAAUGGACCAAAAUGCCUAAACUAGCACAUCUGCUGAAGUAUUUCAAUCUAGAGAAGAAAAAAACCUUCAAUUUUUUUUCUUUUUUUUUCCUUUUGCAUUGAACUACUGACAUAUUUAUUUUUUAACCUAUUUAUCUCCGUCCUGUGACAUUAGUCAUAUGAGCUUUGAAAUCAACGUGUUGAUAGGCAUGCAGCCAGGGAAAGAUUGAAGAGCAUCAUCUCAUUUACUCCUGUCCUCAGGUUUUCUUGCUUCUAUUGCCUUUUACAGAUUGCGUAUUGAUUCCAGAAUGAUCCCUGCACAGCAGAUUCAUAUGGCCUUGGUUUUUUCUUUCCCCAAGACGGAAUCCGUUUUGGCAGCAGUCGCUCACUAUUCUUGCACCUUUUUUUAACUGAGUGUCAUCAUGUCAGAGACAAAGAAGCCUUAAUGUGAAACGUUUGGACGUCGAGGUUUUCAGACUGCCAAUAUGACGAAGAAGAAGAGGUCAUUAUACACACACGUAUCAAUCUGCCUUAUUUUACUAUCAACACUUUAUUAGGGUUCAUUAGGUACUAACAAAAUAGUAAUAGUCAGUAGUUCAUUUAGACAUGAGAAACUACCGUCCUCAUCUGUUUCAUUUAUAUCCCCUCUGGUACUCAGGGGUCCUCAUAAAUAAAGUAGAUAUUUAAGUAUUUAUCAUCAGGAUCAAUGUUAUGUUUCAUAAAUCUGUUUUUAUGAUAUAUAUAUAUUUGUUUUUCUGAAGCAUUAAUGUAAAACCUCCAUAAUGAUUUCCCCUCCCCCCAUUCUGGAUAAGUGUUGAUCAUUUUCAGGGGACCAGUGUGUGCUGCACAGGUGCUGAAAGAAGAGCCUGUCUUGAGGAAUCAGAGGAGAGACUUUGUGCAUUUACCAAUGUUUACCUUCUCUUGUUCUGGUAUGAAAAUUUCAAAAAUAAAAUGUUUGAAAAUUUAAA